UUAAGUUUUUUGGGAUUACUAACUAAUAAAACUAACUAAAAAAAAAUAAUGGCGCGCCUUCACCUAGCUCUCCUCCUCCUCUUCGUCGUUAUCUCCGCCGUGAUCGUAUCAGCUGCUGAUAAACCACCGUCAACCACCACCGCCUCAGCUCCCACUACCACAACUCCGACUGAUGACGUUGUAGACGAUAAUACUAUUGGAACAACCGACGACGAUACGGCUCCUGCUCCCGGAGAUGAUGCUUCCGGAGAUGAGGAGGUGGCUGUCGCAGGACCUAUCGGAAGCGAUACUUCGUACGCUAACUAUCCGCCACCUCAACAAACUUCUGGAAGCGGAGCUGCCACCGUAGCUUUCGGCUUUGUUUCUGUCGUUGCUGCAACAGUUGGAUCGGUCUUCGUUUUCUAGAGAUGUGAUCGGCGCCGUGAAAAUGAAUAUUUUGUAAUAUUUUCUUGUAGAUGUAUUAAGUAUUUUGACCAUCCCGUCUUCGAGUAUACAUCGAUAGAUAAAAACUGGGAUGAUACAUAACUAUUAAAUAUGAACCAAAAAAAAAUUAAUUUAA